CCCUCACACACCUCACACCGCCAUGGCAUCGAGCGCUCCCGACUCGGGGCCCGGCAGCGGCGCACUGCCGUCGCUCAGCUCCUCGCUCGCCUCGUCUGUCGCCUCCCUCUCCCUCUCCCACUCGACCGCCUCGAUUGACGGCGAUGCGCUCCUCGCAACGGGCGGCGACGUCGCCGGCUCGCGGGCCCUCGCGGCGCGCGCCAGCGGCAUGAUCAGCGCACAGGACCGCCGCAGCAUGAACGGCCACCGCUUCGCCACGACGUGCGCCACCGUCGACGACCCCAACCACAAGGACCAGUACGGCGCCAGCAGCACGCCGCUGUACAUGAGCGCCACAUUCAAGGGCCUGCCCGGCUCCGAGUUUGACUACUCGCGCUCCGGCAACCCGACGCGCUCCAUGCUGCAGCACCACCUCUGCCAGCUGCAGUCGUGCCGCUACUCCUUUGCCGUCUCGUCGGGCAUGGCCUGCCUCGACGUGGUGACGCGGAUGCUCAAGCCCGGAGAGCGCAUCAUCGCCGGUGACGACCUCUACGGCGGCACCAACCGCCUGCUGACCUACCUCGCCUCGCACGGCGGCAUCGAGACGGACCACGUCGACACGACUGACGCCUCCAAGGUCGAGGCACUGCUGGAGCAGCGUGCCCAGGACGCCAAGGAGGGCAAGUGCGGCCCCGUAAAGAUGCUGCUGCUCGAGACGCCCACAAACCCGCUGCUGAAGGUGUGCGACCUGCAGCGGUGCGCGCGGGCAGCCAAGGACUUCGCUCCUGACGCCGUGGUGGUCGUCGACAACACGAUGAUGUCGCCGUACCUCAUGCGCCCGCUGGAGCUGGGCGCAGAUGUGGUGUACGACAGUGGCACCAAGUACCUGUCCGGCCACCACGACCUGAUGGCGGGUGUGAUCGCGUGCGACCGAGAGGACGUGGGCAAGCAAAUCGCCUUCACGAUCAACUCGAUCGGCAAUGCGCUCACGCCGAUGGACUCGUUCCUGCUGCUGCGCGGCAUCAAGACGCUCGCCGUGCGCAUGGACCGGCAGCAGGCGUCUGCACGGCUCGUGGCGCGCUACCUCGACUCGCUGGGCUUCAAGGUCAACUACCCUGGCCUUGACUCGCACCCGAACAAGGCGAUCCACGACAUGCAGGCUGCUGGCCCGGGCGCUGUGCUCAGCUUUGAGACGGGCGACAAGAACCUCUCCGAGCGCAUCGUUGGCGCCACGCGCCUGUGGGGCAUCAGUGUCAGCUUUGGCUGCGUCAACUCGCUGAUCAGCAUGCCGUGCCUCAUGUCACACGCUUCCAUCGACCCCAAGGUCCGCGCCGCGCGCAAUCUGCCAGAGGACCUGAUCCGCCUCUGCGUCGGCAUCGAGGACUGCCGGGACCUGAUCGAGGACCUCGAGAGCGCUCUGCUGCAGGCUGGCGCCAUCCGGCCACACGGACAGCGCCUCGCCAUCGAGGCACCAGCACCGAAGGCCGUCGAGACGGCAGAGGACCAAGUCGAGUCGGCAAGCCGCUUUGAGCGCCUUGCGGCUGUGGCCGCUGCAGAUGAUGCCGUUGUGGACAUUGGCGGCGUCGACUCGUCAAAAUCGCAGACGCGUGGCGGCGACCCUGCCGAAGCAGCAGUGGCUGCGGCGACGAACGGCGAGCUGGGCGGCGGAGAGCCGGCGCCGACCAAGAUGGUGGUCUCUGCGCCGGGCAAGGUCAUCCUCUUCGGCGAGCACGCGGUCGUCCACGGCGUUACCGCCAUCGCCGCGAGCGUGGCACUGCGGUGCUACGCGCACGUCGAGCCGCGGGCAGACGCGAAGAUCAGCAUCGCGCUGCCAGACUUGAAGGUCGAGCACGAGUGGGAGCUGGAGGGGCUGCCGUGGGACUCCGCGCCGGCACGGUCUGCCAAGGCGCCGGACGCGCUCGACGCAGGCCUGCUGAAGGCGCUCGAGGCGACUGUUGGCACUGUGGCCAACGAGAGCGAGCGGAGCCAUGCUGCCAGCGUUGCGUUCCUGUACCUGUACAUGAGCAUCGCUCAGGCCGACGACCGCGCCGGUCAGGCCUACGUCGUGCGGUCUGGUCUGCCGAUCGGUGCUGGCCUCGGCUCUUCAGCUGCGCUCUCCUCGGCGCUCUCGGCUGCGCUGCUCUUCACCAAGGGCCGCAUCGAGUUCGACGAGCGCAUCUCUGCCGCUGCCGCCGAGCAGAUCAACGCCUACGCCUUCCUCGCCGAGAAGGUCAUCCACGGCAACCCAUCCGGCGUGGACAACGCCGUCGCCGUGCACGGCGGCGCCCUCUCCUUCGCGCGCGCCCACGAGCGGACCGGCCGCGCCAGCAGCGAGAUGCGCACGAUGCGCGGCUUCGCAGCAGUGCGCUUCCUGCUCACCGACACGCGCGUCGGCCGCGACACGAAGAGCCUCGUCGCCGGCGUCGGCGCCAAGCUGCAGGCGGACCCGCAGGGCGUCGGCGCUGCGCUGCAGGACAUCCAGAACAUCGCGGACGAGGCUGCCGUCGUCCUCGCGGGCGACUCGUCGAUCAGCCGCGCCAAGCAGCUGCAGACGCUGCAGGCGCUCAUCGUGCGCAACCACGCGCUGCUGGUGGGCCUCGGCGUCUCGCACCCAUCGCUCGAGGCAGUGCGCCACACGACGGAGGCCGCCGGACUCGCCACGAAGCUGACGGGCGCCGGCGGAGGCGGCUGCGCUGUGACGCUGAUCCCCGACGAGACGGACGAGCAGACGCUGCAGCGUCUCGUCGCCGACCUCGAGAAGCAGGGCUUUGCGUGCUACCAGACCAAGGUCGGCGGCCCCGGCGUGGGUGCCAUGCUGGCGCACGAGCAGCACCGGCGCCGCUUCAAGAACGCGGAGACGAGCGCGCUGGUGGAGGGCCUGGAGCGUGGAGACUGGGUCUUUGCCUAGACGUACACCAACCUAAUUAGAAGGAAUGCCGCAGUCACGGAUGCUCAGAGAUGAAUGAUUGACUUCGGAAGGCGA